CUGACAUCACAUGAAAAGUAAGGUGGGGGGCUUAAAAGGUGAAGUCUAGAAUCAACCAUCCUAUAUUGAAGAGUACAGGUUUUUCCAUCUGCCAAAUUUGAAUUAGUGAGUUGUAAAGGUACAACAAUGUGCUCCGGGGGCUUCGCUAACUGUUUGGGGAUCAGUCUGAUGCCCCUGGCAAUUGUGUGUGUGCUGUGCAACAUCCUUCUCUUCUUUCCUGGUGGGAACACUGUGGAAAGUGAUAAGAUCACAGAGGAGGUGUGGUACUUUGGAGGAAUUUUAGGCUCUGGAGUUUUGAUGAUCUUCCCAGCCCUGGUCUUCCUGGGUCUAAAGAACAACGACUGUUGUGGUUGCUGCGGUAAUGAAAGCUGUGGGAGGAGAUUUGCGAUGCUGAGUUCCAUAAUGUUUGCAGCUGUAGGUCUUGUAGGAGCUGGUUACUCAGUCGUAGUUUCAGCGGUUGCCAUAAACAAUGGACCGAAGUGUUUGACUGAAGUAAACAGCACAUCUGUGUGGACGUAUCCCUUCACCGAUGGUGACUACCUGACUGACUCAACCAUUUGGUCCAAGUGUGAGAAGCCCACUGAUGUGGUGUCGUGGCAUCUCUCCCUGUUCUCUGUUCUGCUGGUCAUGGGUUUAUUGCAGAUGGUACUGUGUGCUGUGCAGGUGUUAAACGGGUUACUGGGAGCUGUGUGUGGGGACUGCUGUGACUGCUGUGGUGGGAAUGAUGGCGCUGUGUGAACAGUACUCGUGGCCGAGAUCAACUUUUGGCAGCAUUUUCCUAUUUAUUUUACUUGAAGAGAUUAGAUUUUUAGCAAAAGGAGCUACUUAAUUAUAGUCUAAUGUACAUUCCUCAAUGACACUAUUGAAAUGACAGCACCCAGACUUAAAAAAAUGUAAGUGGCUGAAAAUUCAUUUUCUAUCCAUAAGUUUUUUAAUUGCUGAUUUGCAGUGUAUUGGUACUAUUUCAAUAUCAUAAAUAUUUUUUAAACAAUGUCAAAUAAAUGUUAUUUUUAGACGCAUGACUCUCCCAGUCACAAUGACAAGUUUUAAAGUUUAUUGAUUCCUGAGGGAAACUUGCCCUGACAAUCCCCUUCUGUUCUUUCUUGGUCUUGUUUCAGUGUUUUACAUCCAAUGGCAACUGUACAUGUUUCAAAGUAUCUAUAACUGCUUCAAUAAAAUAUUUUACCGUGAGUUCCUCAGAUUUGUUC